GUAGCAAAGCCUACGAUAUAAGUAGCUGGACCAUUGCCAGUAGAUACAUGAACAACAAGUACUGGGGCUUCCUAGACCGCAUAUCACCGACAAUAUCGGCUGUGUUCCUCUACCUAUUUUGAUUCAUCAUGACUACCCUAACGCCUAUGCCAUUCCUCACGGGGCCAGCAAUGAAAGACGGCCAGGGGCACUUCCUGAGUCAGGAACCAGCUGGCGAAUUAACUGCUGUUAUCACUUUAUCAAAGGUUCAGCAGGCUUUGUGGCUGGACUAUCUCCGUCGGCCGCAUGCUUCGCAUUACCAUCUAACGCUCUUUGUCAAUUUGCAAGAGCUCAAGCCGACGCUGGACCAGAUCUUGCAGGUGAUUCAUACUCUUGGCCAACAACAUGAAAUGCUCCGAACAACGUUUCAUCUUGACCACAAAUCAAAUGAUAUCAACCAGUCUUACAUGGCUGUGCAUAGCCCUGCUACCUCCUUCCAGAAAUUCGAGAUUGUCCAGGACCCUGAUCGUGUAUCCUCAGCCCUACGUAAGAGCUUUGAUCUGAGUGUGGAAUUCCCUGUCAGAUGGGUCAUCCUACAGAAGAUUUCAACCAGCAACGGCCUUCUCCAAACGCACUAUGAUCUUUAUAUUGUGGGCCACCAUAUAGCAGUGGAUGGGUCGAGCAUGAGCUACCUGUCCCAAAGCAUCUUACAGCAACUUCAUCCACAAUUUGAUCAAUCUGUGGUUACCCAGACUUCGUCUAAUUCCCCGGGUUACGGGCAGUUCGUGCAGAAGCAAGACGCAUUUCUUAGAGGCCCAGCUAUGAAAGCUGCGGAGCAAUUUUGGAUGUCCCAACUGUCACAUACUGUGCCGUUUGAGUGGGCCGCCCCGAAAAGGAAUGACACUAAUGAUUAUCGAGUUAUGAAUACCUGGACCUCUUUCACCAAUGAUGAAUUGAAGGCCUGGGGCAGUUUGUAUAAAACAUCCUGGUUUCGCGUUGCCUUCUCGAUAGUCGGACUGAUAACAUCGGGGAUCGCCAAGCCCACCCCACACCAUGAUCAUACUCUCCUCGUAGCGUUGGGUGGGAGGCCGCAAGGCUACGAAGGCUGUGUGUCUCAUAUGGCAAAUACUAUGCCAAUUAAAACUCCCGUGUCGUCCCUCCUCCAGCGCCGAGCCACGUUUGCCGAUGCCGUCAAAGAGAUGGGGCGCUCCAUCUCCACUGCCAAGAAGCAUGAGAUGUUUCCUUUUGUCUCGCUCGUCGAUGCGGCGAGGGAGACGAUGAGUGACAAGAUGCUAGACUUCAAAGUGUCUGUCACUUUCUCCCCAAAGCUUGCAAGCGAGAACUGUACCAUAUACCCAGUGGAAGGUGUUUGGGAUCUCUUCUUUUGUUUCCUUGAAACCCAGAAUGGUGUCUCUUUAGGUGUCAUAAGCAACCCAGCGGUGUUUGACUCCGACGCGAUUGAAACCAUGAAGAAGCAAUUCCUGGAUACCGUCAAACUAUCACAAGAAAACCCCAGUUUUCUUGUGGGGGAGCUUUCUUAUCUUGAAAGCCAUACUGUCUCAGAUAUUAUAUCCGGACCUAGCGUAGAUGCCGUGGAUGCAAUCACCUCAUCCCGGGUGCAUAAGUGGAUUGAGGCUCGAUGUGCUACCCAGCCAGAUGCCAUUGCGCUGUCUUGUGCAGAACGUGGUCAGCAAAUGACAUAUGCUGAGCUUGAUAGGAGAACGAACCAGAUCGCUCAUUAUCUCUGUGGUAAUGGGAUCACUGCGGGUGAAACCGUUGCGUUGCACAUCAACCGUGGAUUUGCACUUCUAUUAUGGAUCAUCGGUAUUCUUAAGGCGGGAGGCUGUUUUGUGGUGCUCGACAAAGCAUUGCCCACGGGUCGCAAGCAGUCAAUUCUCCGUACUUGUGAACCCGUCAAACUCGUCACUGAUACUGCAGCAGCGGAUGACCUUCUCUCGCAAGUUGACAAGGUACCUUCCGUUAUUGUAUUGGAUGCUGGAUUCGACGGCGAGCUCACGAGCUAUCCAGUGGCCCAUUGUACUGGGCAGGCUACAGCAGAUAACGACUUAGCGUACAUGGUAUUCACCUCCGGUUCAACCGGACAACCUAAGGGCAUCAUGGUGGAGCACGCGAAUGUAGCCCACUAUGUAAGUGCAGCUCGCAGUGUUGUACAUAUUGGCCCUGGGAGUAAGGUCCUCCAGUUCGCAUCAUUCGCCUUUGACGCAUCUAUCCUCGAGUGGGCCGUCACUCUAUCCUAUGGAGCUACUCUUUGCUUCGUCGAGCACCCCACUCUGCUGGUUGGUGAUUAUUUAGCCGACGUCUUAGAGAUGAACCGUAUCAACUUCUUCCAUACCACUCCCUCGGUGCUCGCAACUAUUCCGAUAGACAGGCCCCUCGCCAAUCUGAGGCUAAUCUCUGUUGGUGGGGAGGCCUCCUCUACCGGAUUGUUAAGAGCAUGGCGGCAGAAAGUGACUCUCCUACAUGCAUAUGGACCAACCGAAACCACGGUGAUCGUUACUUCGGAACCAAUCGCCGAGGAUCCUGGCAAUUCUGAGAAUCCUUCUCCUUCUGUGAUCGGCAAGCCUUUCCCAAAUUGUGAGGUCGUGAUCUGUAACGAAGGUUCAGAUGUGCCUUUGUCGGUUGGGGAAACCGGCGAGAUUUGCAUCUUUGGGCCCCAAGUCUCCCGAGGAUACAAAGGUCAGGAUGAACUCACCGCCACCAAAUUCCGCACGAUUGAGCUACAUGGUCGGAAAGGGCGUCUCUACCGCAGCGGAGAUCGAGGUUCACUGACCGCUGAUGGCAAAGUCUUGAUCGGUGGCCGUAUGAACAACCGAGAGAUCAAACUCCGCGGCUACCGCAUGGACCUGUACGAAAUCGAAAAGAGCAUCCUGGACCACAGUCCGGAAGUCAUGCUAGUCUCUGUACAAGUUGUCGAUGGCUCACUGAUUGCCUUUGUAACUCCGGAGAGCGUCAAUUGCGAAGAUGUCCGUCGGAGACUGAUGGACGAUGUCCCUGCUUACUCUGUUCCCACUAACAUUCACGCCGUUUCAGAGCUUCCGCUCAACGCGAAUGGGAAGGUUGAUCAUGCGGCAGUUGCUGAAAAAGUUCGAAUUCCUACGGCCGCGGCAUCCAAGGCUAGCUCUACGGAUAUAACACGGAAGACACCGACCAUCAAAGCGGGGGAGAAGAAGCUCGAUGCAGAUCGAGCCAGAGCUUCAUUGACUUCCAUGGUAUCCCUGAUAUGGGUCGAUGUUCUCGGCCUCUCCAAACCUCCCAUGGAAGAUGUCAAUUUCUUCGAUGCAGGUGGCCACAGCAUCCUCCUCGUUGAACUGCAUAAGCGGAUUAGUGAGCGGUUCCCCACCGCUGGUAUCCGGCUUUUAGACUGCUUUCAGCAGACAACUAUUGAGAAGCAAGCUACCUUUCUCGCAGGACUUGUCGACUUCGAAUCCAGUCCUCCUUCAACAUCUUCCGCAGACAUUGGACCAAGUCCAAGUGCAUCCGGUACUCUGACUCCCAGAUCUUCCAUCAGCUCCUUCGAUCAACCGGAAGAGAAGUUUGCGAUUGUUGGUUUGUCUGGUCGCUUCCCUGGCGCCGACGAUGUGGGGAAAUACUGGGAUCUCUUGAUGAAUCGCCGUGAUGGAAUCACCACCGCAUCGAGUGCAGCAGGACACGGUCACUUCGAUAUCGAUGCAGAUGAAGUAUUCGUUCCGCGCUAUGGGACUAUAAACGGCCUGGAUGACUUCAACCCCGCUGCCUGGAGUCUCUCUGAGGAAGAGGCCAAAACUUUGGACCCACAGAAGCGCAUAUUUCUCACAGUAGCCUCUGAAGCACUAAGUGAUGCCUGCAUAGAUCUGUUCAAGAAAGAGGAGAAUAAGGUUGGAGUGUUCAUUGGAGCCGCUGCUAAUUCCUACAUCCAUGACCCGAACACUCCAGCUCCUAGCAAUGCGUUCCAGAGACGGUAUCGAACCCUCCUUGACGAGAAUAUAUCCACCUUCACCUCGUACAAGCUCAAUUUGACGGGACCCAAUGUGACGCUGAAUACUGCUUGCGCUAGCUCUCUUGUAGCGUUGCAUGUUGGCUUGAAUGCGCUCCGUAGUGGUGAGUGCGAGGCCGUCCUGAUUGGCGGAACAUCAGUUGUCUACCCCCAGGAAGGAGGUUACAUUACGUCGCCUGGGCAAGUCUUCUCCGCCAGUGGUGAAUGCCGUCCCUUCGACAGCCGUAGCGACGGUUCAGUUCCAGCUGAUGCCGUCGCCGCUGUGGUUGUGAAGCCCCUGCAAGCUGCCGUUCGAGACGGAAACACAAUUUACUCCAUCGUGGAGGGACACGCCAUCGGCACUGACGGCGCCAUUGAUAAGGCCGGCUUCACCGUUCCCUCUAGCACUGGCCAGGCACGCACCAUUACUCAUGCCAUCCAGUCCAGCGGCAUCUCACCGGAUACAAUCAAGUAUGUUGAGAUGCACGGAUCUGGUACGAGCAUGGGGGACGCACUCGAGCUGGAUGGACUCCGAAAGGCAUUUGACACCGUCAGUGCAGCAUCUGACUCCUGCAUCUAUGUGGGCUCAAACAAGGGCAACUGCGGCAACUCAGAGACUGCAUCUGGAUUAAUGAGCGUCAUCAAGGCAUCCCUGUCAUUGACCCGUGGGGUUGUUCCUCCGCUCCGGGAACUCGGAGAGACAAAUCCCUCGUGCGACUUCACUGGAAGAUUUCGUCCAUUGACAAGCGCCCUAAAGCUAGGUACUGCCGAUCGAAUUGGAGUAACAUCCCUGGGUUAUGGAGGUACGAAUGCGCAUGUUAUCCUGGCCUCCCCUGCGCAGAACGGUGUGAACCUUAUUCAAGAAUGAGUUAUUCUUCCACCACGUCGGAGAACGGAAGAUCGUCCAGCUUUAGAUAUAGCCAUCAUCAGUUGGAGGAGACUUAUGACGGUGUUGGGUGAUUUAUCGUGUGGAUUGCGGCUGUAGAUGUGCUCACUAAACGGUUGGCCCGACGCCCGCGGAAUGCUGAAGUUGAGAAGCAGUACAGACUACUGAAGGAAAUGUCUGGCUCACAUCGGGAGGCGGUAGUAGUUAAAGACCAUCAAUGGUAAAUUCAAUAAUAUCAAGCUUAACCAAAGCCGUGCGUAAUGGGAUAGUCAUAGUAUGAAUGUAAGAAUGAUGCUAGGGUUUUU